ACAUCCUGGCGGUUUACAAUCUCCAGUACUUGCUCCCAAAAAUUUUGUCUCCUUCCUCUGUAGUUUCUUCUUUCUUUCCUUCCCCCUUCACCCUAUCGCAAGAAAUAAGCAGAGGUGUGUCUUGUUCCGGCGGAAUCGAAGGUGGAGCCACCGAUCUUGGUGCCGGUGGCGUGAUCCAGAGUGAAGCCAUUGAAGGGACCCACCAGCUUCCAGCAACCCAUCACAAACCGCCGAUUGCCACGUCCUGAGGUGAGGAGGCUUGAACAAGAACCAGACAACAUUGAAAAAUGAAAAGAAAAACCAGGUAGAAGCAGAACACAGAGCGAGACCUAGGAAGAAGCACGACCUCAACACUCGCCACCGACGACCACCGCGUCAACGCGAUGAUUGAUGAUCAGGAUCUGGGUUUCUUUGCCAAUUUUCUUGGCGUCUUCAUCUUUGUGUUGGUGAUUGCAUACCACUAUGUCAUGGCUGAUCCGAAGUUUGAAGGAAACUAGGAACUCUAUGCAGUUGGAAAAUGUAAUAUUUCAUGUUGUAGACUGAGAUGCUUUGCCAAUGGGAAUCGAUUUGAUACAA